CUGGCAGCACUGCUGGGCUGCACUGGUGGGUGGCACUGGUGGGUGGGCACAGGUGGGUGGCACUGGUGGGCACAGGUGGGUGGGCACAGGUGGGUGGCACUGCUGGGCACAGGUAGGUGGCACUUCUGGGCACAGGUGUGUGACACUGCAGAGUGGCACAGGUGGGUGAUCUGCUGGGCACAGGUGGGCAGAGCUAGUGGGCGCACUGCUGGGCACAGGUGGGCGGAACUUGCGGGUGGCACUGCUGGGCACCGAUCAUCAGGGCACUGAUCAUCACGUGUCAUUGGACACCGCUGAUCACGUGGUAAAAGGCCGCUGUGAUUGGC